AAACAUGAAUGCUCUUCUAAAGGAAGUAAUUGGAUUUCCAAGGGAAAUGAUUUUCUUGUUGCUCAUAUGGCUGAGCUCUACUCGUGUUUCAGUUGCAUGCCCACUGUAUGAAAGAAAUUAUCUCUUAGAUUUUAUGGGGGCUGUUAAAAGUGAUUUCAACAGCUUUCAGUCAUGGCAAGGAUUCAAUUGCUGCGAUUGGAGAGGUGUCACUUGCAGCCAUGAUUUAGGCAGCCAUGUUACAGGACUGGAUCUCUCUGAUUUCGGUUUGCAAGCUGGAAAGGUGAAAUUCCAAGGACUUUGGGAAAUUUGCGAAAUCUACGCUACCUAGAUGUAGGUGUAAGCUCCGAUGAUCCACAUUGGCAAAGAUUGCAGACGCCAAGUUUUGCAAGUUGGCUACAAAAUCUAACCAGAUUGGAGCACCUCUCUCUUAAUGGAGUGGACAUAUAUCCAGAAGAAGCAUCAAGCGAGUGGGGUGAGGUUAUUACCACCCUUGCCAAUCUUACAAAUCUCGAGUUGUAUGAUUGUGGGUUAUCAGGACAACUUCCUCCUUCCAUAGCUAAUCUCUCUAGACUUGUUACCUUGGGCCUGGGAGGCAACUACUUAACAGGGGUGAUGCCCCCUUCUUUAGGUAACCUUUCCGCUCUUGAUAGUCUUAACUUAGCUGGAAACAAAUUGAAUGGUACAAUUCCAUCCUCAAUUUCAAAGCUUGUGCGGUUAACAUCCCUCGACCUGAGUUCCAACAGUUUUAGUGGCCACAUUUCCUUCUCCUCUUUUGAUAAUUUCACUAGAUUAGAAAACAUGGAGCUUUCUCACAAUCAGUUGAGUGUGAGUAUUGAUUCAACCUGGAUGCCCAACUUUAAUAGCCUUAACAGUCUUGGACUAGAUUCUUGUAAUUUAGUUGAAAUUCCACCAUUUCUUGUGAAUCAAUUUGACUUGACCUCGCUGCAUUUAUCUGGCAACAACAUGCUAGGGAGCGUCAUUCCAACAUGGAUAUGGGAUCUUCCACUUUAUAUCUUAACCUUUCAUCUAACCAGUUAACUGGUUCGUUGCCAUCAAGGCUGACAACCAAGCAUCUGCUCUUUUUGGAUGUGCACAAUAACAGUUUACAAGGUGCUCUUCCACUGAUAGAGAGAUCAGAUAACCAGUUUACAAUUCGUAUUUCUGUGGUGGACAUGUCAGAUAACCAUUUUACAUCCUCAAUUCCUUCAGAGUUUGGAGAAUAUCUUCAGGUUGUAUUGUUCCUCUCUUUAUCCGGGAAUAGUAUUACAGGAAGGAUUCCAAAUUCUAUUUGCAGCAACAGUGUGCAUGUUCUAGACUUGUCAAACAACAUGCUCAGCGGUAUUGUUUCUCCUGAUUUUACAGCAAACUGUUCGAGUCUAAGGGUUCUGAAUUUGGGUAAUAAUAGUCUGCAAGGUCACAUGCCAGGAUUCCAAAAUGCCACAAAGCUUCAGACACUAAAUCUAAAUGGUAAUCUUUUCCAAGGGCCUAUUGCAUCCUCUUUAGCAAAUUGCAGUUUUCUUAAAGCUCUUGAUAUAGGAAAUAACAAUCUGGAAGAACAUAUUCCAGAGUGGAUAGGAAACUUAUCAAAUCUGCAGAUUUUGAUUUUGAAGUCAAAUAAAUUCCAAGGUAAUAUUCCGAUGCAAAUAAUUGGUCUCCAAAAGCUUCAAAUUCUAGAGCUUUCUGAGAACAAUCUUUCAGGAUUUAUUCCAACGGACCUUCAAAAUUUGUCAGCAAUGGUCAACGCAUCACAGAACAGUUCAGAGCACCUUGCCUAUCAAAUUUAUAUUGACUAUAAUGUUCAUGUAAUAAUUUCUACAAAAGACACGCAACUUCCUUAUAAGAUUGUGCUACCAAUUCUAAAAUUUAUGGAUCUAUCAAGUAACAAUCUACGGGGAAACAUCCCUCCAGAAAUGGGGUCUCUUCAAGGUUUGAAAGGCCUUAAUCUUUCAAGAAAUAAUCUCAGUGGGGAAAUUCCCAGGACAUUGGGAGGCAUGGAUCAGUUAGAAUCUCUGGAUCUUUCAUUGAAUAAACUAAACGGAAAAAUUCCAAUGGAACUCCAAUCUCUGAGUUAUUUACAGGUCUUUAAUGUCUCAUAUAACAUGCUUGAGGGAAAAGUGCCUCAGGGAGGGCAGUUCUUAACUUUUGACCAGUCAUCCUUCUCAGGCAAUUCAAAUCUUACAGACAUUCCUUUCACUAACAUAUUUUGCAAUUGUGCUUCUCCUUUCACCAACAGAGCCUGCAACCGUUCUUCCUGUAAUGGAAAUGAUGGAGGAGAAGAGGGUUCAGGUUUUGAGAUGGACUGGUGGGGAUUGGGUGUGGGAUUAUGUUAUGCAUUUAGCUUCUCAAUUGUUAUUGGACUGCUCGCUCUGAAUGUCAAAGUAAGAAAGAGCAUCUUCCGUAUAUACGAUGGUAUCAUUAUGCGUAUAUUUUCACGUAGAUAGACAGUGGGAUUGCACACCAGAAAUAUCUUUGUAUAAUUUGAAAAUGUAGAAUAAAAAAAU